CACAACACUCCAUUAACUGUAUGUCUCUCUCCCCCUUCACCCAAAAACACACACUACUUCACACUUUUGCUCACACACAUCACACGUCUCACUUUCUCUCUCUAGAGCUAUGUGAUCUUCAACUUCAACAACCAUGGCAGCAAUAUCUCAUACUGUUCAUUAAUGGGCUCCAUUCCUACACCGUAGAUCCUUUCCCCGUUUCUUAAAACCCUAACCCCUGAUACAUGCAUUAAAGACGGAAGCAGAACAUGGCACAGAACUCCGACCCCAAAUCACCAGCUAUAGGUUCUGAUGCUGACUCCUCACCUGUAAUGCAUCCUUCCUCUUGGGCCAAACACACCGGCUUCCGCCCUAGGUUUUCCGGCGAGAGCAAUGCAAGCGACUCUGGUCAGUCUACCAGGCCCAAUAAUCCCUCUCCUCCUGCUUCGCUUGAUCUUGAAACUAGUCGUGUACGCCCAAUUCCGACUGUGAACGCCACGGCGCCAGCGCCGCAGCCGGCUAAUGCUCAGGCGCACCCGCAAUCGGAUAAUGAUCAGUCGGCAACGAAAAGGAGAGACGCGCAGGGUGGUUCUGCACCGUUGCCGCCGAAGCGAGGUGCUAAUGGACACGCUAGAAUUGCUGCUGCGGUUGAGACGCCAACGUCGACGCCUCCUCAGCCGAGUCGGAGGGCAGCGAGGAACGGCGACAUCGAAAGUACAUUGCCACAGGUUUUUGAUGAUUCUCGUCGUUCACAUAUGAAGUAUGAGCUUAGAGACACUCCUGGUCUUGUUCCUAUUGGGUUGUAUGGAUUCCAACACUAUCUUUCAAUGUUGGGUUCACUAGUUCUGGUUCCGCUUGUGAUUGUUACAGCCAUGGGUGGCGACCAUGAGGAUAUGUCAAUGGUGGUUUCGACUGUGCUAUUUGUGUCAGGAAUCACGACACUUUUACAAUCUAACUUUGGAUCAAGAUUGCCCCUUAUACAAGGUCCAUCUUUUGUCUUUCUUGCUCCUGCUCUUGCAAUCAUAAAAUCCCCUCAGUUCUUGGGUCUCCAUGAAAAUAGUUUCAAGCAUAUAAUGAAGGAGCUACAAGGAGCCAUUAUUAUUGCAUCAGCUUUUCAAGCAUUACUUGGAUACACUGGCCUCAUGACUCUACUCUUGAGAUUGAUCAAUCCAGUGGUUGUUUCCCCAACUAUUGCAGCUGUUGGACUCUCUUUCUACACUUAUGGUUUCCCACACCUUGGUGAAUGUCUCGAAAUUGGCAUUUUACAGAUCUUAAUCGUUAUUAUAUUUUUUCUCUACCUUCGUAAGGUUUCCUUAUUCGGGCAUCGUGUAUUCCUAAUAUACGCUGUACCAUUGGGAAUGGCUAUAACAUGGGGAAUCACAUACAUUCUGACAGAAACAGGGGCAUACAAAUAUAAAGAUUGUGAUGUCAAUAUAAUAUCUGAUCACUGCAAAAAACAUAUUUCCAGGAUGAAAAGUUGUCGGGCAGGGGCAAAUACGUCAAUUGCAUUAAAAUCUUCACCAUGGUUUAGAUUCCCUUACCCUUUACAAUUUGGUACCCCUGUUUUCAACUGGAAGUUGGCAAUUGUUAUGUCUGUGGUGUCCAUUAUUUCUUCGGUGGAUUCAGUUGGGUCGUAUCAUGCAUCGUCAUUGUUGGUGGCAUCUAAGCCACCUACACCGGGUGUUGUGAGCCGUGGGAUUUGUGUUGAGGGUAUUUCUGGCAUUUUGGCUGGUUUAUGGGGGACAGGAAUAGGGUCAACUACUUUGACCGAAAAUGUGCAUACAAUCGCUGUUACAAAAAUGGGUAGCAGAAGAACAGUUGAGUUAGGGGCGUGUGUUUUGAUCAUAUUAUCCCUCGUGGGUAAAGUAGGAGGGUUAAUAGCGUCAACUCCACAAGUUAUGGUUGCGGGCUUGCUAUGCAUAAUGUGGGCCAUGCUUACAGCAUUCGGGUUAUCCAAUUUACGUUACAGUGAGUCCGGAAGCUCCCGGAACAUCAUAAUCAUCGGACUUUCUUUAUUUUUUUCCCUUUCUACCCCUGCCUAUUUUCACCAAUACAAUUCCAACCACAAAGGGCUAAAUUAUGUGAUGAACACGUUGUUGUCACUUCACAUGGUGAUAGCUUUCCUAGUAGCGAUGGUUUUGGACAAUACUGUCCCUGGAAGUAAGCAAGAACGAGGGGUAUACGUGUGGGCCCCACCAGAGGCUGUACGUGAACCCGCUUUUAUUAAAGACUACGGGCUUCCAUUUAGACUUGGGAAAUUUUUUAGAUGGGUCAGAUGGGUUGGGCUUUAGGUAGGAGAAUUGAAUUAGUGUACAUGAGCAUUUUGCCACGUGGGCCAUGUUGAUGGGCCUGACCCGAUCCGUUUUUGAUGUUUGGGGUUUUGGUAGCUAUUUUAUUUAUUUGAGGAUUUUGUUUUGUUUGCUAUGGGAAUUAUUAGUGGAGACUGUAAAGUGGUAUGAAUAAAUAUUUUUUUGAGAUGUAAAUUUUAGGUUUGUGAAAAUGAGA